UUAAUGUUGUUCAACCCCACUCGACAGAAAAAAAAACUCCACAACUCCUUUUGGUCCACACGUAAAUGGAGAUUUUGCGUACAAAGUCUUCCACUAGUGAUUUCUUUUUUAGUAAGUAGGGUCUACCACUGUUGUUCAUACACUUAUAAUAUCCCCCCCUUGUAUGGUGAUCAGCUUAGAGGUUACUUUUAGGUAUGGCGUUUGCAGAGGGGAUACCAGGUGAAAGAGGGCAAUACAAUGGCAAGGUUACCCUGCUUGUUGUCCUCUCAUGUGUGGUGGCUGCCUCGGGGGGACUUAUCUUUGGUUAUGAUCUUGGAGUUUCAGGGGGAGUAACCUCUAUGGACCCUUUCCUCAAAAAAUUCUUCCCGUAUGUGUAUCGAAGGAUGAAAGAAGGUACCAAGAUUAGCAAUUACUGCAAAUUUGAUAGCCAACUGUUGACCUUGUUUACAUCUUCACUCUACCUAUCUGGCCUUGUUUCUUCUUUAUUUGCAUCUACUGUGACUCGAGUCUUUGGACGAAAGGCGUCGAUGCUUGUAGCAGGGGUUGCUGUCCUUAUUGGUUCAGCCCUUGGUGGCGCUGCUUCUAAUCUCUACAUGCUUGUAUUUGGUCGUCUUUUUCUUGGAAUUGGACUUGGAUUUGGCAACCAGUCGAUCCCACUCUAUAUCUCUGAAAUGGCGUUACCUAAACACAGAGGAGCAAUGAAUAUUAUCUUUGACACUGGAGUUGGCAUCGGAGUACUAAUAGCUAAUAUCAUCAACUUUUGCACUGAAAAGAUUGACGGCGGUUGGGGCUGGCGUAUCUCCCUAUCCAUGGCUGCAGUUCCAGCAUCAAUCCUGACUAUAGGUGCAAUUAUUCUUCCUGACACACCAAACAGCUUGAUUCAGAAAGACAAUAACCUGGAAAAGGCCACACGUGUGCUUCAGCGUAUAAGAGGCACCAAUGAUGUUCAACGAGAACUCGAUGAUCUCCUCAAAGCAAGCUCUAUUUCAAAAACAACCAAAGACCCAUUCAAGAAAAUCCUACAAAGAAAGUAUAGGCCUCAACUGGUAAUGGCAGCAGCAAUACCAUUUUUCGCACAAAUGACAGGGAUUAAUGUCAUUACAUUCUAUGCUCCAAUACUAUUCAGGACAAUUGGUCUUCGUGAAAGUUCUUCACUCUUGUCUGCAGUUGUGAUUCGUUGUUUCAACGUUGGCUGUACAUUCAUAUCUAUGUUUGUAGUCGAUAAGCAAGGUCGAAGAGUACUGUUUAUGCUUGGUGGAAUUCAAAUGCUUGCAACACAAGUAACAAUUGGAGGGUUUAUGACAGCUUUAUUAGGUGAUCAUGGUGGAUUGAGCAAGGCGAGUGCUUAUGUGGUUCUAGUUUUGAUAUGUAUAUACAUUUCUGGGUUUGGGUUAUCUUGGGGUCCCUUGGGAUGGUUAGUCCCUAGUGAGAUUUAUCCAUUAGAGGUUCGAUCAGCUGGCCAAAGUAUUACAGUAGCAGUCAGCUUUUUCUUCUGUUUUCUUAUUGGACAAACUUUUCUAGCUAUGCUUUGCCACAUGAAGGCAGGGAUUUUCUUCUUUUUCGGAGGAUGGGUGGCUCUGAUGACCCUAUUUAUAUACUUCUUCUUGCCGGAGACCAAGAACGUACCAAUCGAGAAAGUGGAACAAUUGUGGAAAGAACACUGGUUUUGGAAAAGAUUUGUGGGAGAUGAAGUUGAUGACAGUAUUUACAAGCUAGACAAAUGAUAAUUAAGGUUUCAUUUGUAACAUAUUUUACUCUUCUUCUUUUUCUUUUGCCCAAAAAAGGGUUAUUUAAAUUACCAAAACAUCGUUGCUUAGUGAGACAGGAUCAAGUGAUUAGAUGUGUCUAUGUUUAUCAAGUUUGUUGAACAUGUAUUAAACAUAAAACCAUUAAAAUUCACUGUCUUAGCUUUGAUA